AUCAGCCAAGAUGCCGCGGUGCUAUAUGGUAAAGAAGGCCUUGUGCAACAAGUACAUAACCAGCGUUGCUAGAGGAUUCGAGAGCUGGGGCCGCGGAAGGAGCACGCCAUCGCCAACCACCGUACCCAUCUCGCCCGUACAGAGGUGUAUUGCACCCCCUGUUGCACAAGAAUGUCCCAACACGCAACCAAAAGACACAACGGCCAUUACGACUUCCGCCGUGGCCGAUGCAGACCCCUCGAAGGAACAACCGAGCAACGCAGACACAACUGUCGCAACAGCGGUACCAUCAUCCGUCAUCAUGAUGAAUCCCGCGAUGGACCACUCAAUGACGAUGCGAAUGGAAACCGUCGUGAUCGCGUGCACCACAACGGCUUCUCUGACGACUCUAUCUUCAACAGAAACAAUCGUCUCUUCCGUCAAGGAAACUACAACGACGACGGUGACGUCUUUACCUUCGUCAAGCAUGCGAACGACUCCCGAGAGACGCGACGAAGCUACGACGUCUGUCGCGACGCUACACCAUCCACCAUCCACCGAAAAAUCGUCUCCACCGUCCAGCACGUCAACGUCCUAUCAUCUACAAGAUACUCCGGAGCACUCGAGAACACACGAUAGAAUACAAUCGGUUAUCACAUCCUGUGACAUGUCCAUGUCCGGCCAAGUGUCAUCCAUGUUUAAAGAUCGCUCCGCGGCGGAAACGGAGGCGGCGCACGAUCUCCUAGAGCUCUCCCGAUCUCUACCUCCCUUGCCACCACCGAGUGUGGCGAUCGGUCCUCAAAGCGUAAUCGAAGCGCCGGCGAGCGACGUCCAAGAGAUGACGGUCUACCAACCGGCUGAACAACCAAUCUAUCAGGUGAACACGAUCGAGCUGACCAGCUCAAACAUCUACAAUCAUCAUCAGCAACAGCCACAGCCCACGGCCACCGGUAUCAUUUAUGAGUCCGCCAUUGUGCCAUCCUCGGGCAGUGUUUUCAUACCUUUGGCACCAGUACAAGAAAUCCUGCUGACAUAUAGCACAUCCACUAUACCGUGCACACCAAUUAUCGCUCAACAGCAGCAGCAGCAGGAACAGCAGGAGCCGCAGCAGGAACAGCAGCAACAGUCAUUGCUACAGCAGCAACAGCAGCAACAGUCAUUACUACAGCAGCAACAACAGCAACAGCAGCAACAGUCAUUGCUACAGCAACAAAUUGAAACGACGCCGCCAUUAACACCGCCAACCUCUGAAUGCAGCAGCGACAUUGAGAAUAGUAAUCCGAACUCACAGCCGACGCAGAAGGACAAGGAGGUGCAGACUAACACGGAGCCCACGGAUGGACUGAAACCGGCCACUUAUACAUAUGACACGUUGCUUGUUUCGGACGGCAGAUCGAAGAAUAAGAAAGCAUCCGCCGCACAGAAGAAUCAGGACGCCGAACCGAUCGAGGCACCUGAGACCUCCAAGACCGGUCGUUACGUGUGUUGCGAAUGCGGUAAACAGUAUGCGACCUCGUCGAAUCUGUCCCGGCAUAAGCAGACGCAUCGCAGCAUUGAUUCUCAUUCGGCCAAAAAGUGUAUCCAUUGUGGCAAGGCGUACGUCAGUAUGCCCGCUCUGGCGAUGCACGUGCUCACGCAUAAGCUGACACACAGUUGCGGCGUAUGCGGCAAGAUGUUCUCGCGACCUUGGCUACUGCAGGGUCACUUGCGCAGCCACACCGGCGAGAAACCGUACGGAUGCGCUCACUGCGGUAAGGCGUUCGCCGAUCGCUCGAAUCUGCGAGCGCAUAUGCAGACGCAUUCGGCGGAUAAGAAUUACGAAUGUUCCAAGUGCCACAAGUCCUUUGCCCUUAAGUCGUAUUUGAACAAACACCUGGAGUCGGCGUGCCAGCGCGAGAGCGACGACCCCGACACGCCGCCAUAAGCAGCCAGGACGAGGAUGUAGUGCCGAUGUAGUGGCGCCGCGGUCAGCGGCAACGAUCAGCCGGUCGUGCACAGUCGACGUAAACAGAAGAUUGCAGUGGCGUCAUCACGUAGACUGGUAGAAAAAAACAAAAAUAGUUUGCUGUGUAGACAGUACUUUUUGUCAUGGACCAAGAAGGAAAAAAAAGGACGGAAGACAAACGAACGCACGGGAAGCCGCUGCUGGCCUCUCAUCGCCAUGCGGAUGCGAUUAGUUUCGAUUAUUUUGCACGGAAUUCAAGUCGGUCGGGUUUAUCGUUGCACUCGAUUACGGUAGCAAGUCCUCACGUUCCCUUUGUCUCUGCUACGAU